AUGUCCGUGUACGCCAUGGGCCAUGGUUGGACGGGUGCCUUGGGAACGGGUCGAUUUGACGAUCACAUCAAAGGGCAUGACGACGAAGAAGAUCCAGAUCCUCCAACCUUGCUGUACAAAGGGGAUGUCUUGUCGGCUGCAGCUGGUUGGGGCCACACAGCGCUGGUGACCAAUGAGUCCAAUGGACGUCAGAGACUGCUCAUGUGUGGAAGACCGCAUGAUUUGCAAGCGAUUCUCAGACUCAAUCGAUUUCCAGCUUGGCUCAGACACAAAGCAGUCCACUAUUCACAUUCUUACAAGGAAGACGAACGAUCUAUCAACGUCACUGCCUUGGCUGGCAGAUUCAUACAGUGGGCACUCAAUGAACAAACACAAAGACAAAUUGAGCAAGAUCCAACCAUGAGAUUAUGGGAAUUGGCAAAAACAUACUCCAUUCUCAGUGAAUUGGAAGAAGUCGAAAUGCCCAAUUAUGAUGCUCCUCUAUCCGUGGUGGCCAGUGCCGGACUCACUGCUGUUCUAGGCCAAGUGGGGGGCACCCUAUAUACCAUGGGACUCAACAAUCGAGGACAGUGUGGCAUUGGAUAUUCCUCAAACAAUGUAUGGGUUCCACAACAAGUCAUGGGCCUCAGUGAUGAUUAUGCUACCCAUGGACGAGAAUACCUUUAUCAAGCCUUUCCCGUCUCACAAGUUGCACUCGGCUUGCAACACGGGUAUGCUCUCUGCAGUCAGGGAAACCUAUAUUCCUGGGGCAAGGCAGAACGCUGCCAAUUAGGACAAGCAGAUGCCAGUGAAGCAGCACAAGAUGGAUCACAGGUUGAUUAUGCACGGCAUGUAAAAAAGGCAUACGAGCUAGACUCGGAAGAACGACCUGAUUGGUUCUUCUUUCCUCGAGUCGUCCAAAUAGCAUCAGGAUUUCAGCACGGCGCAGCAUUGACAGAGAGUACCAACCAAGUCUUUGUCUGGGGGAAAAAUGUACUACCACCCAUGCGAUCCGAUCAAAGACAAGGAAAACUUGCGUCCGAUUCACGGGCGCCCACUCCAGUCAAAGGACUCCCUCCCAAUCUACAAGUCAUUCAGAUUGCUUGUGGUUCACACCACACGGCCAUGUUGAUGGAAGAUGGAAGUGUCUAUGCCGUCGGCAUCUGCACGGAUGAUGCCACUCAAAUCCUCUUUGAACCCGUCUGUGUGGUCCCCUCUGGCAUUAUUGACAUGCCCUGUCGACAAUUCGAGGCACACUUCGAUCGGACCACUAUUGUUGGAAGGGAUGGACGACAGGUCUUGCAAUUCCACCUCUGGGCCGAUCCAGAAUUGAGAGAAUAUGGCGUCUUUACACCCUUUUGGGCCGAUUCACUUUUGCUGGACAACGAGCAUGCACGGAUAAAAUCAAUUCACAGGGGGUGGCUGCAUACGAUUGUCGUCACGGAGCACGAUGAUCUCCUAGAGGCAGGCAAAGAUCCAAGAACACCGAUUGGGGACGGCAGGCCCGGAAAUCAAAUCGCAGGAUGA